GCCUUCUCACAGCUAAUUGCCAUGAUUCAACCUCGUGAAAACUUCCGACCAAUCAACAGCCACAUAGGACCGAUACAGGCGUCGCCCGUGACGCGUGCCAGUUAUCCGUUUAGCGCCACCAUGCAUUCAAAAUUGGCCAGGGUUGGCAGUGAGGAUCGAGACAACAGGAACAUGGCCUUGAUGAACGAACGCGUCCUUGCCCUCCCACGUUACCGCACCGCAGUCGGCUGGGCGAUCAUCGCGGGUAAUGUUAGUCAUCGGGUAAUGUUAGUUAUUCAAACAAGUGAAACGUGAAAGGCAGACCGUGUCUGAAACAUUCCAGCUAUCGAUGUUAAAUCCUGCGUAGUCCUGUCAUUCAGACUGAUUGGUGGAGACAGCCCUGACAAGUCACAGUACCACUACCAGUACUGUACUACGAAGCCAGAGCGAGUGCUGGAACAGUUUAAGCGUACCGCCUGCAGGUGCUUAUCACGCGGCACUGCGUUGUUAGACCUACAUCAAAGGCAGGUGCACCGAGUGGAAUAUCAGAUACAGCUUGAAAUGAUUGUCUUCGUGGUCAUUUUGUCUUUCCUGUUUGCCGGAGUAAAGGGUGGGACAAUAUCAUUGGUCCAAUCGUCAAAGCCCAAUGCUGGCCAGCCUGUGACGUUGGUCUGCCAGGCGGAUGGUUCAUCAUCACCCCCAGGCCCAGAUGCCCUGACACUGACUGGUCCGCAGGGAAGCGUCACAGCCAUGAACACGUCUGUCGUGGACAACACGAGAUCCACCAGCUUUGAAGUGACCGUAGACAAGCCGAACGUCGAGUUCGUCUGCACACUGCUGGAUACGGAUGGGACCACGGUGCUCAACCAGACAACCAUCAACGUUGAUGCUUUUGUGUUGCCUUAUUUGAGGAUACCCCCUCAGGUGUCCUACACAUACUCUGACCCGACAAAACUCACCCUCAACUGGCUUUCCUGGGAAUCGAACGGCGGCGGCGAUGGCCCAAUCCUGCGCUAUGAGGCAGUCUACCGUUAUGCAAACGACACAGAAGGAGAUGACAGCUACAACUUCACUCGCGUCGUGGAUUCCAAUGUCACAACGUCUGUGGAGAUCACAGGCCUGGACCCGUACACAGAUUAUGAUUUUGCUGUUGUGGUGGUGAGGGAGGGUGUGGGAGGGGCGGGGCCUCCCACCAAUAAAACGACCAUCAAGACAUUGUGCCCAGCUCCAACAGCACCACUGACACUCAGUGCCAGAAGAAUUGAGCUUGAGGAGAUUGAAAUAACCUGGGAGUUACCUCCCCCAUCAACCUGGGGCUGCGGAGAGCUAGCUCCCAAAAUGUUUGUAGAAUGGAAGAAAUCCACUGCGCCCAGCUUCUCUUUGCUGUGGGUGGAUAGAGAGCCAGGUUCCUAUAACCUGACGCUGGUAGCACCUUGUACGGAGUAUUACAUUCAGGCGUGGUUCGCAAGUGUUUCCUUCUUGACCAGUCCAAAAAGUGAAGAGUUACAUGUGACCACCCCUAAGACAGAGCCACCAGCAGUUGCCUCUGUCUACAUUGAAUAUGUAGACGAUUCGCUAGACCUUCGUGUUCGCUGGGUGGAUCCAUCUGUCCGCAUCCGUUGCAUCAGAGAGUUCUAUGUUACCUUCACACCGGUUGAACUGGUAGCCUGCGGGACCCGCAUUGAUUCGCCAGUAACCCGAACAAUGGUGGUGCCAGUAAACUCCUCCUCCACUGGGGUGGUCUUUGGCAGCUUGGAUCCCUAUAUGAGGUACAACGCGACCGUUAUGUCUAGCAACGAGCUUGGCAACUCCACCAUCAAAUUCGAAACCAAAGUGACCCGCCAAACAUUGCCCAUUGCCCUGCCAGCACCUGGGGUCGUAGAGGUCACCCAACACAUGGCACGAUUAAACUGGACCCGUAUUCCCUGCGUAGACGUACACGGAAACUUCAGGUAUUAUUCCCUCCAGUUUACCAAUAAUCAAACUGGAGAGACGUUUGAUGAAAGUGAGACCAACAUUGACAUCACUGAGUUGUCGUCGAGGUAUAUCAAUCCCUGCAUGACUUUCAACGUUCAGAUCUACGUCGUGACAGGAGCAGGCAAUGGACCGCGGAGUGAGAAAAUGCAAUUUACCACCCUGUCACGAAUCCCAACCAUCGUCACCAAUUACAAUGUCAUAGCCAUUGACGACAACACCAGUGCAUUGCUGGUAACCUGGGAGGACCCUGACAACCCCUACUGCCCGGUCGACUUUUACCAAGUGUCUUACUCCCUACUGGAUAAAUUCCAGUGUGACCAUGAUGAGAACAGGGAACAAGUUGUGGCUGCCAACACCACCGUGAUGAACUACACCAUCACAGGACUUCUGCCCUACUCAACCUAUAAGUUGUACGUGAGGACACAUAAUGAAGCUGGCUUCAGCUAUAGCGACGGUAGGAUUGGAGUCUUCUACACAGCUCAGAGAGCUCCAACAGAUGCCCCGAUCCGGGUGACCGUGGAGUCCCGUACAAAGAAUUGGCUGCACUUCUCCUUCGCCCGAGCCGACUGCAGCGAGGGCUCCUGGUCCAGCCGCCUGAUAGAUUACCGCUACAGGCUGGACAAUGUGGACAACACUAGCCAGCCCGUUGUCAAUGACUACAUAGGGACCUAUGUGAGGUUCGAAAACCUGAUCCCCUACACGAGGUACUCGUUCCGGGUGCAGAUGAGGACGGAAGCGGGCAAUGGACCAUUCAGUACUCCCGUCGAGGCCAGAACUUCUGAGGAUGUUCCAGGACCACCCGCUAGUUUGACCGUCACAAACAAGACAGAGACGACGCUGGACGUCGCUUGGGAAACACCAACCACCCCCAAUGGAGUCAUCCUCAACUAUACCGUCCAGUACAAAGCCAUUGAGAAACCUUACGAUCCCACCUUUUCACCUCCGACGAUGUACACCGAGGCGGGGCUUGUCGGACCGGCGGUUUUUGCUUACCAGGUAGACUUUCUGGACCCAGGCACAAAGUACAGGAUUCGUGUGGCCGCCCUGACGUCACCGGGAGAAGGGGAGUUUGUUAUGCACGAGGCAUUCACUAAACCCAAGACAGAUAUUCCCGAGCCAGACACACCUCCACAUGACCCUUCCAGGUCGUCAGAGACCAGUGUUUAUAUCUACAUUCACAGCACAGACCCCACUUAUGUCACGUCCUUUCUUGUCGCUGUGAGGAAGAUGUUGGCAAGGCAAAAGCGGGCGGCCGUGGUGAUUGACGGGGAGUCAUAUGGCACGUACAGUGAGAACCCAGACGCUUACAUCGCCGCUGAGGUUGAAAAAAAGAAGAACAACGGUGGGUUUCUGGUCGGAGACGGGAAGAUGUAUGGGGGCUGGCAGAAUGCCCCACUGGGGAAGGGCAACUACAGCGUGAGGGUCGGUGCCAAGAGUGAAGCAGACUCGGAAGCAAUUCUUAGUUGGAGCGAGCCGCUGAUGUAUGAAGCAAUGGGGCCUGAGCCAGUGACACCCUCACCGACCAAGAGACCAGGCCCUAAAAAGACAGUUCCGCCCCCAGUGGCCAACAAUACAGUCGGAAUUAUAGCUGGCGUUGUUGUGGGUGUAUUGGUGGUUCUGAUCAUUGUCAUCGGGAUUGCCUAUUGGUUGAAGAAGAAAAAGGAGCGUGAAGUGAAGGACUCAGACAAUGAAAUUAAUAUGGACCUGAAAGAAAAGGACGCGAGUUACUAGAAAGACAGCGUCGGAACCCCCCUUGGACCUCUGUUUGCUCAGGGCUGGAGCUUUGUUCAUGAAAGGGCAAGGCAGUGUCUCCUUCUCCAUUGCCUGUGGAGCUCAAGUAAUAAAUCCUCAAUGCCUUAUUUUAUUACUCUUUUCAAGUUUUGUUGUCCACAGAAACGGAUGCAGAAACUGCCCUCCAUCUUUUGUUGGUGGAAACAGUCCACGUUUUGAGCAUGUUUGUUCACAGCCAAGUGUCAAGUUUGUUUACUACCGAAUACCUUGAUAGAGAUUUUAUGUAUCACGAUGACGAAAAGUGGCAUUCUUGUAUCACGAUGAUUGCUAAAUCGAUUUUUGGUUACGCCCCUAAUCAGUAGUGUAUUGCACAUUGUGAAAAUUUGAGCGCAAUCCAGAACCUCCCACUGAAAAUCUCCCAAAAGGUUGGGAUAUUGACCUGAAACUAGCAACUGAAAUAAGAUUUCUACAUCAUCAGAAGACGGUGCAGUUUUUGCAGCCCUACAAAGUUUUUGUAAGUAAUGGAUAUUUUGAUUACGUUUUUGCUCAUGGAGUAAUCUACAUUGUUGUAUUAGUUUACUGAAACUUGAAUGAUCUCAGAGGUCUCUGUAGUUUAGAAAGGCAGUGUGGUAGUCUGAAUAUUUGAACUUAAUGGUGAUAUUUAGUCGAUAUCUUUCAAUAAAUAAGUUUAAUUGUUUUAAUUGCUAGGUGCAGUAAUUUCACUAAACCUUGCAAUUGCUUUGAAUGUGCAAUUGCAUUAAAUUAAAUUAAAUUGAAUUUUAUGUAUGUCGAAUCUGAAUUUUUCAACAUCCAUGAUCAUGGUUUAUACAAGUUAAUUAAAGUGGCUGUUUGAAUAUUUUAGCAACUGUCUAAACGUAAUAUAGAUAGUAAAUGAUGAAAAUUGCAGAUGUUUUUACAUGUUUUACUGUAUCAUGUGCCUAAUGCAGGGAGAACAAUGUUUCUAUUGGAAUUCAAGCUGUAAAAUACCUUUCUACUAUUUACUAGUUUGUAUCAGGUUUAAAUGGUGAUGGGGUGGAGCGAGAAUAGAUAAUUUUUCAGAAUGUCACUCACAAAAUGUUCAACAAUUUUCAGAAGACUGUGUGGACUUUUUGAAUGUGUUACCCACUUUUGCUGCAAUGUGUGUAGGGGGGUCCUUCCUUGUCUGUCUCCUACUCUCAUUGGCAGAGGGGGGCCAUUCUAUAAAUUUGGGGUCCUACGUUUUCCUGACCCAGUGACAUCUGGAGUAUGAUUUCCUUAGAUUAAAACACAUUCUUAAAUUUCCGAGAGUGAU